GUAUUAUGCAAGAGGAGAUGCUGAAAAUGCAAUGCGAUACAUCAAUGGAACCAGACUUGAUGAUAGGAUCAUAAGGACAGACUGGGAUGCAGGUUUUAAGGAGGGUAGACAGUAUGGUCGUGGAAGAUCAGGAGGCCAGGUUCGAGAUGAGUAUCGGCAAGACUAUGAUGCUGGAAGAGGUGGCUAUGGCAAAACUGUUCAAUGCCAGUGAAUAGUGAAUGACUCAUCAGCCUCACAGGAGAACUAAAUCUGCAUUGUAAAUGUCACCAGGCACAAAGUAGGUCUGUUGCACACAAAUUUAUGUAGCUAGAAAUUCACAGAAACUACUAUCCGCGUUCCUGUGAUCACAUAGUAUGUUCAAUGUCUCUUCCGUUUUAAUACCAGGAUCCAAAGCAUUACAGAGUACAUUAACAGGGAGGACCUGGGAGCAAGGUUUUAAGCAAUAGUACGUGUGAGGCUUUGGUCUCUAAAUGCUGCUGUAACUCUACUAAAAGGAGCAAAGGGUUAACGGUAUGGUGCUUUUUUUCACUGGCAAAACUUGAUUAUUCUAUCACUGGGUUUUGUUUACAUUGGUA